AUGACCACAAAUCUGUAUGUUGUCAACGCGGCUGGAAGACGAGCAAUGGAUGCUAGAACUCGUGAGCUUUUGGAUAAAGAUUCCAGAGAAAUACAGACGAUUUUAGUGAUGGGCGGUAUCACUUUCUUCAUUACAAUCGUCAUGUUCUUGUCGAAAAUGGAUAUGUCCGCUGACAACGUAAUGAAUUAUGCACCAAUCAUUUGGCUUGUAGGAGUGAUGAUUUUCGGCGCAAUCAUCAAUUUUGUGAAUUAUUACAAAAGCAAAAAACGGCAAAAGGAGCUGGAUAGAUUGACAUUGGAAAGCCUUCUGGUCAAUAUGUCCCUACCAGAAUCGUUCCCCUGUCUUCUACCGGGACCCCAUGACGAAUGUUGUGGUGGAAGAGGGAUCCCACAACGGCCACUACCAACUUAUGAUGAAGUUGUGGUGCUGGAUGAGACCCAACAAAAACAACCAGACCCGGAUACCGUAUCCCAGACGGCUCCACCCGACUACUCGACAGCUUUGUCGAUGCUCCAUAAGUCUCCCCCACGACCUACAGGAGCUAAUAACGAAUAG